AAUUUCCAACUCGCGCUUUCUUGAGCAGCGGCUGCCUCCCACUUCAACUGGUGUCAAACUGCUGUCUCUGUCUCAGAGUGAGACAGACAGAGUUAGACAGAGAGAGGAGAAAGGGCUCAACAGGACCACAGCCAGAGACAGGCGUAUGCUAACAGGAAAGGAGGAGAAGCCAUGCCAAACUUGAGGUAUUUAAGGCUGUAAGUACUCUCCAAGGAGCAACUGAACAGAGGCCUGCAAAUAAUGGAAAAACAGACAGUUAAUGGGAUAUCUUCAAACAUGAAUGGGAAUUCGAAAAGGCCACCCUCCUACUCGGUGGAGACGCCAUAUGGCUUUCACCUGGACCUGGACUUCCUCAAGUAUGUGGACGACAUUGAGAAGGGGAACACCCUCAAGCGGGUCCCCGUUCAGAGGAGGAGCAGGCCCGCCAGCGCCAGUGCCCACCACAACCACAGCCUCCCAGGCCACGGCCGCACCCAUGGCGGCCCCACUCAGUGGAGCUCCAUCGGCUCGCUGUGGCCCAAGUCCCGCGGCACGGACGGCCAGCACGCGUACGACGGAGUCCUGUCCGGCUAUCCCAGACACCCGGGCGCCCCUGGCGCGUCGCUGGCCGGCGGUCGCACGGACGAGAGCAUCCGGGCGUUCGACGAGCAGCCGCUGGGGUGCUACGUGAGGCCCAACCUGCUGCGGGCCUCCAGCCUGCCGGCCACCGUCCUGCUACGCAAGCGCUCCGAGUCCAACGACGACCCAACCAGUCCCCGGGGCUCCAGGGACCACCUGCUGCUGCAGGAGGACGACGGCUCCUCCGAGGACGUCUUCAUCGACUCGGGCAGGAUGUCGGCGCCGGUCGGCGGGACAGGGACGCUGCAGCGGCUCACCACGGCCCUGCGGCGGGUCGGCGAGCUGGAGGAGGAGAUCCGGGUGGUGCCCGAGCUCAGGGCCCAGAUCUGCAUCCUGCAGGAGGAGAGAGAGAGGCUCCUCACCCGGCUCUACUCGGACUCGGAGAGCAGCCCGGAAGUGGCGGACUCCGGUCCGAAGGCCAACGGCCGACCGCGGGCCUCGCGGGCAGACGCCAAGGCCGACUGGGGCAACGGGCACAGCUCGGGGCGCGGCUCCGGCAGCCUGGAGGAUCAAGAGGAGGACUGGAUGAGCCGGGAGCUGAAGCGGCUGGAGGAGAAGGUCAAGGCCUCGUCCGUGCAGGUGGAGACCGAGGCCAUGAUAUCGUCGGUCCGAGACGGCACGCUGUCAGGGGCAGGUCAGCGGUCAGCUCGCUCGGUGCCCGCCAGGGAGCGAGCUCCGGAGCACCAGUCUGUGGACGCCCUUCAGAAGAGGCUCGCCAGCCUGGAGCAGAGGCUCCGGGAGUCCGAGAAAGACCUGGAGGCGGCCAGGGCCACGCUGCAGAGCCAGGUGGAGGAGGGCCGUCUGAAGGACCAGAGGAUAGAAGAGCUCAGGGAGAUGGAGCGAGCGGAGGCCCGGCGAGCGACGCCCAGCACAAGGGACGCCUCUGAGAUCACCCCGGAGGAAUGGAGGGUGGCUGAUGCGGGCAGCAGGCAGGAGGACGCGGCGCCCGCGCACGUGAGUCACCACGUGGGGAGAGUGCGCCAGCUCCUCCAGGAGCAGUGGGAGUGUCUGUGUGCAGGCCCGAGGCCGGCGGAGCCCCUCCCCCCCAGGGUCAGCUCCAUCCAGGAGGAGCUGAUGAGGCUGGUGGACACUCUGGCCUUCUGCAUGGACCCUGGACAGAGGAGCAGCCCUGGAUGCCAGCUCACUGAAGCUAAGACCUCUGCUUUGGGAGGCGGGUAUUGUCCGGUUGGAGAGACUGACAGGAGUGGUGGAGCUAACCAUAGCAGGCCAUCUGGUUGGGAGGAGGUUGUAAAAGAGGACACAUCACACCGAGACGAAGUGAACCCACAGAGGAGGACUGAAAGAGAACAGGAUUUUCAGACACAGCCGGGAUCUCAGAGACCGUCAACGCAACAGGAGAGGACAGAGGGGAGCUCAGGUGGUCACCAGAGGGGAUCCAAAGAAUCCGUGGAAUCAGGAAAUGAAGCAAACUGGGUUGAUGAGGCCUUCAUCGCUGCAUGUCUUUACCUGAGGGACCACAUGGAUGAAAUGGCAAACCUGAACGAUGACAUGAGGCAGGCCCUGACGGUGGUGUUCCAGCAGUGGUUCCACGUGACGGCCGAGGAGGACUCGUCUGUCCACGAGGUGGCGCUCUACCUGGACAAGGUCAGGGCUGCUGCGCCCUCGCUUCUGCACUUCCUCGUCAACCUGGCAGACGACAACGGCAACACCGCCCUGCACUACAGCGUGUCGCACUCCAACUUCGGCAUCGUCCAGACCUUACUGAGCACAGGUGUUUGUGACGUGGACGUGCGGAACAAGGCUGGCUACACCUCCAUCAUGCUGGCCUCUCUGACGGCGGCCGACUCGGCGCUGGACCUGGAGGUGGUGCGGCAGCUCCUGCGGAGUGGAGACGUCAGCGUACGCGCUGGCCAGGCGGGGCACACUGCCCUGCACCUGGCUGCGAGGCACGGGCGCCGGCUAAUCGUGCCGCUCCUUCUGGCCGCGGGCGCCGAUGCCAACGCCCAGGACCGCAGCGGCAGCACUGCCCUCAUGUUGACCUGUGAGCGAGGGCAUGGCGACAUCGUCGCUUUCCUUCUGGAGCAGGCCGACUGCGAUCUGACCCUCACUGAUAGGGAGGGACGCUGCGCUCUGUCAAUAGCUCUCCAGGCGUCCUUUACCGACAUUGCUGACCUUCUGAAAGCCCACAUGGCCUCCUAAGGCACUGCAGAGACUCAAGCCAGAUCACUCACCAAGAAGACUCUCUCUCGCUCUCUCUCACUCACACACACACCUACACACAUGCACACACACACACACACACACACACACACACACACACGCACACUCACACACAUUUUAUUGACUCAGAUAGCAAACACUGUUAAAAAAAUAUUAGCACAUUCAAUAUGACCCAGUCAAGUCAUCUUAUUGCUUUAACUUAGUUAUGUCAACGUGUAGUGCCAGUGUAAGUGUGUAAGUAUAUACUACGCAUAACCUUGUUACUACAAAUAAACUUGACACUACAUGUUCACAUAACUGAACUCAGUCAAAGCAAUAACAUGACUUGACUGGAUUAUGUCACCUGUGCUAAUGUUUUUCUACAAACACACAUACACACUCUCUCUUUCUCUCUCUCUCACACUCUGGCUCAGAUAGCACUGUCACUGAGAUAAGAAUCUCAACAGCAGACAUAACUGUAAAGAAGAGAUAGCGGCUCAAUGUUGGAACACUUUGCAAAAACCUACAAGCAAUACCAAAUGUUUUGGAAUGAAAGUAGGCGCAAACACAUUCUAAAGUCUGAAGUGGGAAAAGGGCAUAAUCAGAGACUGGGGACUGCUGAGUGUUCCUUUAGUCAGUGGCCACAUGACAUAAUGUCAGCUAUUGAUUAAAACACUCCAAAGACCACAGACAGUACAUCAAUAACAUCUCGGACGUCAUGAAAAGAUUCUCCCACUUUCUCUCUCUCUCUCUCUCUCUCACACACACACACACACACACACACACACACACACACACACACACACACACACACACAAGAACCUGCAAGAAGAAAGAGUUGUAGAGAAAGAAACAUCAGUCAGUCAGGAGGGGAAACAAAGCCCUGAAGAGUUUUAUGAGUUGACAGUCAAGUUGACUCUGCCAGGUUAUGCUUGGUCUUGUCAUGUCACUGUCAGACCUUGUCUGGCUUGAGUAAUGUGAAAAUGUUAAUGUCAGUUACAAUGUAAAUCAUCCACAGUGCCUCAGUCUACAGUUUUAAUAUCCACCAUUUAUCUUUCUCAGCAUUUUUAAGCUAGAAUAUUGCUGUAAUAUUGCCUUUUGCUGAUGCCUGCAACAAGCACUUCAAUAGAAUCGGAAAUGACCACCAUACUACCACGCAAUUUCCCCAGAACUGUUU